AUUAGUCAAAUGUUUUUAGAUGUGAUAAGUCAUGUGUUUGAAUAUUUUUAAUUGACUAAAUUUUAUGAAUUUGACAAUAUUUUUAUUUCUUAAACCCUGAGGAUGAAUUAAAACAAAUUCGAAACCGGUCGGAAGAAAACAGCAAAAAAUAGCUUUGUUUUUCAUUUAGUAGUCUGAUAAAGCCACCUAAAAAAUUCUUCAAUAUAUGUUUAGUUACUCAUGAUUGGCUGCAAUUGAUGACUACUUUGUUCAGGAUUUCAUUCAUAUCUACUUACAAAAUAGAAUGUUUUCGUGGAAUAAUUUUUUAUCACAUUUGUUGAUAGUAUUCAAUGAAAAAUAUUCGUUAUGUUCUAAGAAGGCCUCUUUCAUAUAGAAACGUCUAAGAAUGCUGCUUU